AUGUUUUCUAAUCAUCCAUUCCAAGGUAGAAAGUUGACAGAGCAAGAAAGGACUAGAGUCCUUGAGUUUCAAGAAUCAAUUCACUACUCUCCAAGGUAUUCUGAUGACACACAUGAGUAUAGACAUGUUAUGCUGCCCAAAGCCAUGCUCAAGGUCAUACCUUCAGACUACUAUAACUCAGAGACAGGAACGUUACGUAUCCUGACCGAGGACGAGUGGCGUGGGCUUGGUGUAACUCAAUCUCUAGGAUGGGAACAUUAUGAGUGCCACGCACCAGAGCCGCAUAUUUUACUGUUUAAGAGACCAUUGAAUUUUGAAGCUGAGCUGCGUGUUGCACAGCAGCAGCAGUAUGCAUCCGCUCGGUAG